ACCCGUUAAUUCCAUCCAUUUCGUUCGACAGCCAUGGCGUUGACUAACGUGCUUCUGGCGAGCCAGAUCGCUGGCUACGUUAUAGGCUUUAUAUUCUCCCUCUGUAUUAUUGUGCCUAUGAGCAUGCACCAGGAUGAGUUCAAUGGCCACUGCCUGCUGUUCUCCAAGGGCGAGUGGCAGGAGUUGGACGGCCAGCUGUUGGUGGAGUGGGCGGCGCGCGGCUACUGCGACUACGUCAUCGUGGUGGGCGUCAUCAUGUUCAUCAUCUGCUGCGUCCAGAUAUACAGGUUGUCGGUGUUAAUGUACAAAGGGUCAGACAGCUCGUUCCUGUCUGCGUUUGUGGAGGCAGUCGCCUGCGUGCUGCUCUGCCUCCUGGUGGUGGCUGCAGCUGUGCUCAUCACGCUCGGCUUCAUGAACUGGUGCCAGAUUAUAGUGGAACGGUUCCCCAGUUGUGAAGAUGCAGCUGGACAGGAUAUCGACAAAAAAGAUAAAAUAAAAACUAAUUGGUUCUACAUGGAAAUGGGCACCAUACAAUUCGGUGCGUGGGGAGCAUUCGCGACGUCGGUGGGGCUGGCGGUGUUCUCCACGCUCAAGGUGUGCCGCUACCACCAGCUCCAGAACAUACAGGAGUCGAUGUACCGCGAGCGGCAGCGGCUCGUCAACGAGAGCGAGUCGCCGGGCGCGCCCGACGGCCGCUCCACGCCGCCGCUGCCCGAACCCGAGCCCUAGGCCUCCGCUACAGGACAGGCCUGCUAUACUGCGCUCAUGUAACUACAUCCUCUAAAGUGAUAUUCAGAUCUAGUAAGUAAUUUGUCCGAAUGUGAAAUUUCAGCAAACGACACACUGAGUCUGAACCAUAUAAUGUAUCUCUAUGUCUAUGUAAGAAUAGGAAGUCAGUUAUUAAUUACUAAGACAAAAUACGAUUUCUUUUUCCAGGUUUAAUAAAUCAAUCAUAUCAUGUUCACAACCACAAAGGUACUGGAAAUUAUAUUAUGCCCAUUAUUAAACUAAAAAUAGUUAAAUGUAUAAAAAUCAAUAUAUACCUAAUAUGACAUGUAAUUUAGUGUACAAAGUAAGUUUUAUUUUAAGAAAAUUUACAAUAUUAUUUCAAGUAUAGUUCAUGAUCUCACUUAUCAUUUCGGCUUAUAGCUUUUGAUGAUUUCCAAUCCAAUUAUUUAGUAGAAUAUAGAAUCAUAAUGAAUUCACCAUUUUAUUGUUAUCAAAGAUGAUUUAAAAUUAAAGUGAAAUUCAAAUGAUCAUCAUAACCAUUGGUGUUUAUUUAUGAAAUGUAAAAAUAGAUUUUAUAUUGACAUAC